AUGAGAACCCGUUCUGCUGCCCCCACUAGCAAGGCAUCUCAUGGCGCAGCAGAAACAGACCCAACUCUGCCGCAAAAACAGACCAAACUUCUAAUUCUUCCAGCCGGCGCCUCUGGAGACUCUCGAUUCGUGCUCCUUGAAAAUCCGAGGACUGGCAGCAGAAGUCGCUACUAUUUUUGUCCAAAAUUGGGAGUCUUUGAAUUCACAUCGCUGACGCUUCCAGCUUCUUCACCGCGCAGCGUUCUAUUUGUGAGAGAGCAAUUUGGACAAGAUGACACCGCCAAUGAUACCGACAGUCUGCACGGGAACGGGAAUUUGCAAAAAGAGGGAUUUACGUCUAAGGCAGCCGAGCUUUUUAUUGCUACUCCAAUAGAUCUGCUCUUCUUUCUUUUACCAAUUCUCAGUACACCAUCGAAACCAUCAUCCCGCCGUUUAUUUCAGCCAUUGGAUGAUAUUCUUGAUACGCGAGAAGACCUGUCAACACACCUUCGAAACAUCUUGCUUGAUAAAGAGUUCCGGCCCAAAAUUGAGGGCCGAAUGACUGCUGUAUGCGACACAGUUGAAGCGGGGGAAACGAUGUUUCGGCUAAAUGAAAAUAAGCUAGUUAAAGAAUUAUUAUCAAAGUCCGAAAACAUGGCGACCAACGGCCUACCCCCUAGUAUGGAAGAGCGAUUUGUUCAACGAGCCUUACAGCUCCCAGUUCUGAGUAUUAGCAGUAAGGAUGACUCACAGUCUCCAUCUGACAUACUUUCAGGGAGCAAUGGAAAUAUGAUUCGAAAUGACUGUGAAUCACAGUCUUCAGGAACCACGACUAUCGAUCACACACCGUCUUCAAUAUCCAGCACACCUGCCACAGACUUAAGCCAAUCAUCUGUUUCUAGUUCCACGCCGUCCACAAAUACCGAGAUUAUUCAACUACUGCGUGUCCGCACUGCCCUUCAAUAUAUCCAGUCCUCCUACCUUCCACCACAACUAUCUGCCAAGAUCAGUGAAAUAGUCGCCUCUCCAGCGAGCCCGACAGACUUUACUAGUCUAGACCAGCAUCUAGAAUACGUCGCCAAACUUCGGGCAGAGGUUGUAGCCUCGCGUACAUUGUAUGACAACGUGAGCCGGAAGCGAAUGCUUGAUGAUGAGCAGGUUGAAGCAGCAUCCGAGAAAAAAAGAAAACAGGAAGAAGAAGAAAAGAAGAAGAAAGCAAACCAGUCACGAGGAAUUAAGGACCUUAAGAAGGUCAAUACGUCCGGGAUGAAGAAAUUAAGUUCUUUUUUUGGAAAGAAAACCUGA